UAUAGCGAAAUGAGCGGCGGAAAGUGAGCCACUUGGCGUGAACCCAAAGCUUUCGAGGAAAAUUCUCGGGCCCCCCAAAAAGUACAAAUAUCAGAAAAAGUAUCGGACAGAUUCGCGACGCGAAGCGUUACGAUCGCCAAAAGAUCUCCGUGCGGAAACAAAGAAAUUGAGGCACCCAGAGAUUGUUGUUGUGCGCGAGUGUGUGUCUUCAGCUGGGUGUGUGGAAUGUCAACUGACGGGUUGUAAAGGGAAACCCUGAAAUCCGAACGGCCAGCCAAAGCAAAUAAAGCUGUGAAUACGAAUUAAGUACAACAAACAGAUACAGAUACAGAUACUGAAACAGAUACAGAUACAGAUUCGGAUUCCGAUUCCGAUUCCGAUUCGAAUAGAGAAACAGAUACUGGAGAUGCCCCCAGAAACAAUGCCAUUCAAUUCAACAUAGUGCGUUUCGCGAGUGUCAUUGGCAAAAUAUGUGGAUUACCUGCGAACCGUCCGCCCAAGGAGCCGCCGGGUGACAGGUGUAUCCCCCAGGAUACCAACCCGAUCCGCAUCCAGAUCCCGACCCCAGGGUGCCAGGGUGUCAUGUGCCGCGGCAUUCCGACCGCAGCCACAUCAACCGACAUCAACCAGGUGCGCCUCGAAUGCGGCAACACUAUUUUCAACAAGAACUCGAUCUACUUCAUCUACAAUUAUCGGAGGAAAACAGUAGCCGACAUCCCUAUCAGAUAUUUACACAAGCGUGAUUUAUUUGAAAAGCGAAACGGCCGCAGCGCCAUAAACAUCUGUAAAUUGUGCAAAUAUAUCCAAGUGUAACCGAAAGCCGAACGCCGAACGCCGAAAGCCGCUCGCCGCGAUAACGGAUCCCAUUCCGAUUCCGAUUCCAACUUCAAAUCCAAAUCCGAAUACAAGCCGAUUCCGAGGCCCGUCAUAAAUUCAGUGGAAAAGUGCACGAGACAGUUGGUCGCUCCUACUUUGAUUGCUUUCCUUCACCUUUACCAUUACCAUUACCAUUAUCAUUACCGUUACUAUUACGAUUACCAUUACCACACGGGCGAUCCAUCACACGGCUUUCGAAUUAAUAAGCGAACACAUGUCGUAUCGAUAUUCGACUUCGACUUGAGCGAUACGGGCACCCGGAGAUCCAAUAUCAAGCGACCAAGAUACCACUCGACCAUAGGAAACUUUAUAAGACUGAGAGUUGCAAGCGACCAUGCGCGCAUGGCUUCUACUCCUCGCAGUGCUGGCGACUUUUCAAACGAUUGUUCGAGUUGCUAGCACCGAGGAUAUAUCCCAGAGAUUCAUCGCCGCCAUAGCGCCCGUUGCCGCUCAGAUUCCGCUAGAAUCAGAAUCAGAAUCCAAAUCAGAAUCAGAAUCAGGAUCAGGAUCAGGACAAUCUGGAUCUAGAUCGGGAGGAGCUUCGACCAGCACAGCAUUAGCAAAAGCAUUUAAUCCAUUCAGCGAGCCCGCCUCGUUCAGUGAUAGUGAUAAAAGCCAUCGGAGUAAAACAAAAAACAAAAACAAAAAACCUAGCAAAAGUGACGCGAACCGACAGUUCAACGAAGUGCAUAAACCAAGAACAGACCAAUUAGAAAAUUCCAAAAAUAAGUCUAAACAAUUAGUUAAUAAACCCAACCACAACAACCAUAACAACCACAACAAAAUGGCUGUCAAGGAGCAGAGGAGCCACAAGAAGAGCCAGCACCAGCACCACCAUCGCAGCCACCAGCCAAAGCAGGCCAGUGCAUACACAGAAUCUCAUCAAUCCUCGCCGAUUGAAUCCAUCUUCGUGGAGGAGCCAACGCUGGUGGCCUCCAUCAACGUGCCCGCCAACGCCCAGGCCAUCAUCGCCGAGCAGGGCCCGUCCACCUACAGCAACGAGGAGCUCAUCAAGGACAAGCUCAAGCCAGAUCCCUCCACUCUAGUCGAGAUCGAGAAGAGCCUGCUCUCGCUGUUCAAAAUGAAGCGGCCGCCCAAGAUCGAUCGCUCCAAGAUCAUCAUCCCCGAGCCGAUGAAGCGGCUCUACGCCGAGAUCAUGGGCCACGAGCUCGACUCGGUCAACAUCCCCAAGCCGGGACUGCUGACCAAGUCGGCCAACACCGUGCGAAGUUUUACACACAAAGAUAGUAAAAUCGACGAUCGAUUUCCGCACCACCACCGGUUUCGGCUGCACUUCGACGUGAAGAGCAUUCCCGCCGACGAGAAGCUGAAGGCCGCGGAGCUGCAGCUCACCCGGGACGCACUCAGUCCGCAGGUGGUGGCCAGCAGAUCGUCGGCCAAUCGGACGCGCUACCAGGUGCUCGUCUACGACAUCACGCGCGUCGGGGUGCGUGGCCAGCGGGAGCCGAGCUAUCUGCUGCUGGACACCAAGACGGUCCGGCUGAACAGCACGGACACGGUGAGCCUCGAUGUCCAGCCGGCCGUGGACCGGUGGCUGGCGAGUCCGCAGCGCAACUACGGCCUGCUGGUGGAGGUGCGGACGGUCCGCUCCCUGAAGCCGGCCCCACACCACCACGUACGCCUGCGCCGCAGCGCGGACGAGGCGCACGAGCGGUGGCAGCACAAGCAGCCGCUCCUGUUCACCUACACGGACGACGGGCGGCACAAGGCGCGCUCCAUCCGGGACGUGUCCGGCGGAGAGGGCGGCGGCAAGGGCGGCCGGAACAAGCGGCAGCCAAGGCGGCCGACGCGGCGCAAGAACCACGAUGACACCUGCCGGCGGCACUCGCUGUACGUGGACUUCUCGGAUGUGGGAUGGGACGACUGGAUUGUGGCGCCGCUGGGCUACGAUGCGUACUACUGCCACGGGAAGUGCCCCUUCCCGCUGGCCGACCACUUCAACUCGACCAACCACGCCGUGGUGCAGACGCUGGUCAACAACAUGAAUCCCGGCAAGGUGCCGAAGGCGUGCUGCGUGCCCACGCAACUGGACAGCGUGGCCAUGCUCUAUCUCAACGACCAAAGUACGGUGGUGCUGAAGAACUACCAGGAGAUGACCGUGGUGGGCUGUGGCUGUCGAUAGAUUCGCACCACCAUCGCACCAGACCAUCCAUCAUCCACUUUCCGGAGUGGAUGCGAUGGUAAAUCGCGAGCGAGAGAGCAUCAAAUGCUGUUUGGUUCCAAGCCGUCAAUGCUUUAAACACAACGCAAACAAAAUGGACUGAAUAUUUGAAUUUUAAGUGUAAAUCGUUAGACUUUAGCCGUAUCGAGUAACGAGCAACAGGCGGCAGCCACGCCCACGCCCACGCCCACGCCCACGCCCACGCCCACAUCCACGUCCCCACCAAAAACCGCCCGCCCACCUUGGAGCCUCUGUCGAUUUCCCCAGCCAGGCUGGCGAAAAGUCCCAGAUCAGAGUGCAGAUUUGAGAGCGCAGAGUCCACUGUAUAUAGCCGCCAUGCCACAGAUAGUCCCCAACACAGAUAGUCCCCGCCCAUCCGCCAGAUACUUCAGAUAUUAGAUACUUUCGUAUCUGUGUGAAGCUGUGUGAGCCGCUGCUGCUGCUGAAGAAGAAGAAGUUAGGGGAGAAUUAGAGGAGUAUGCUUAGGAGUAAGAGCGACCAAUUGAACAAAUUGUAUAAAAAUGCUAAUAUAUACAUAUAUAUAUUAAAUGAACCCUAUCGAUGCGAACUGGUAUCUUUGUAUGUACAUGUUUGUGGAAAGGAGACCUAUUCUACUAGCCGUUUUUGUUAAUAAUUUUAUAAAGCAAUAGCAAUCCACUUGUAAAUUAAACUAGCGCGAGCAUAACCGAAUAAUGACUUGAAAUUACUUAGGAACUAUCAUCCUAAACACAUAGUUGUAGAAAACCAGAACCAGAAAAACAAACAGAUAUUGCAUAUGUAACUCUCUUGUAUAUGUACUAAACACCUAUAUACUUUAUAUGCGAUUCACACUCACGAUUCACUCACCCAUAAGCAAACACACAACCACACACACACAACCACACGCACACACAUAUCGACGAAAGGGUAUUGAAACUUCGUUGCGCAUUCAAGUAAACGUAACUGUAUAAACAAAACGUAUGCCCUAUAAAUAUAUGAAUAACUAUCUACAUCGUUAUGCGUUCUAAGCUAAGCUCGAAUAAAUCCGUAAACGUUAAUUAAUCUAGAAACGUAAGACCUAACGCUUAAGCUCAGCAUGUUGGAUAAAUUAAUAGAAACGAAAGAAAAGAAAAGAGAAAAACCCACAAAAAGAAAAGCCGAUGAAUGGAAAAUAUCGAUUCGUGCCUGAUGUUGCAGUGCACGAUUUGCAUAUGCAGUUUGUCGUAUAAACAUUAUUAUUUUAUUUAUUUAAAACAAAUCGUAUUUUCGAGGACGACGAUGAUGAUGAUGAUGAUGCAGGA